AUGAACGGCGACGCUGGCUUGGUUGGCUGUCUCGUUGAGCGGCUCACUACCCGCUUACCCCACCGAACCGGAACCCACGGCGAUGGUCUCUUUCACGAUGAGAUUGUUGCAAUCACACGUACGACCCUUGUGAAAGUCAGUGCUUCCUCCAUAGUUAUCGUCCUCGACACCCUGCUAUCGCUGCUCGAAGAUGUCGCACGCCCUUACAACAAAAUAGCCGCCUCUCACCCGCCCCAUGUGCUUUUAUCUGAGCUGUACGUACUUGCUCUGCUCGCCGACUGCUGCUCAAGCCACUGGGGCGCAUCGGUGGUUGCUACAGACGCGGAGUCAGAUGAGGGCGUCUCAACGAAGUGGCGCCGGGCCAAAUCACCCCCACCCAUUACUCUUGAAACCGCCCUGGUCCGGCGUAUCUUCGAAGUGAUCAAGAUGUUCAUGAACCCCAUGCCAGAUGGUCAACUACUAUCGGCAAAGACCAUUCUUGACGACUACACGGCUGAGAACUUGUCAGUGUCCGGUACCUCAAGCGAGGCCCCAAAAACGCCAGUGUCUUCACGAUCCGAUGAUGUGGUCGGAACUACACAGAUGAUGGACUCUCGUGUCUCGGAAAUUGAGCGCCAUGUCAAGACGAUUGUGGAAUAUGUGACGGCGUCCGCCUGGAAACCAUCACUGGAAUACCUGAAGAGCGUUUUCCACAAAGUCAGAACUGUUCUAUCGGCUCAGGCCCCACCUCCUCAAAGUCUUGUCAAUUCCGAUGACGAGAGAUCGUCCCUGGUCAUUCUACGACUCCUUUCCGACUUUUGGGUUGACCGCCAGAGAUUAGGCCACGUCCUACAGGAAGUUUGUUCGAGCUUUCUCCAUUUCCGCAAACAAUACCAGAACUGUAUCGCCAUCUCGACACCCUUAUUGAUCGUUCGAUGGAUUGAAAGAUUUCCCGAUGAGUUUGUCGAGUUGCAUGUCAUGCACCUCCGAGUUGAUGGUACUCCGGAAACACUAUUCGACAUGGCUCAAACAGUAGGAGACAACGCCCGCCGCAAAGCGCUUUUGUACCCUUUACAAACGAGCCUUCUCUUUUUGCUUCCAGACGUAUUCGAGGUAGCAAGCAACAUGCGAGAGGCAAAGGGCGGCGGUGUGGCCAAAAAGGUGGCAUACUUGGAGGGUUUGCGCAAAAUGCUACGAAACAAAAACGAACAGGCGGCCUACUGUCUAGUAUCUCUCCUCCGUGUAGCACGCCACUUUGAUGCAGAGAGCGAUUCGGCUCUCAUGAGUUACGCCAUGGAUUUCCAGGAUGAGGUUCACGAAGCUCUUUUUCGUCGGGCACCAAUUACUUCCGAGAUCACUCUUUUUGAUCAAGAUCUGCUUACAGCCGCUUUUGUCAGUUUGACGCACCUGAACUUUGAGAAGUGCGUAGAGUCUCUUGCCAUUAAUUGCCUUGUAGCAUCUGCGCCACCAUCCUUCAAGGUCGCAGUUAUUCAGGCAUGUUCGCACUUUGCCAGACUUGACAACUCCGAAAAAUACGAGCGACUCUUCAGAUCGGUGUCUGCCUUUGUGCAGUCCCAAAUGAGGACUAUGUCAUCCCAAUUGACCAGCACCUACCCUACCGCUUCAGUUUCGAAACACAAGUCUGCCGAUUAUGGUGUUCCUGUCCCAAUGAUGUGCAGUAUCCUCGAGUUUAUAAACGCAUCACCAAUGACGUUGUUUCAAGGAGAGCCUAGCGACCCUGACGAAGGAGACCUCUUCUUCCAAAACAACUUCGAGUCGUUUAUGGCCUGUAUGGUCGUAUCGGAGGAAUCCAUCAGGCGUCUGUCAAUGAGUGUUGCUUCCCAUCUGUUUACGGAAGAGACCGUUUCCCGUUAUGGAGAAACGUCAAGAUUGGCAACACAAAGAUUCAAGGCGAAUUUUUGGAAGGUCACGUCGAUCGUUUUGACAUCGAUGUGCGACAAAAUCAGCCCGUUUAGAUUAGAUGUAGGCCUAAAGACCAUCCAUGGCUAUUUGGAGUCUCGCCUCCUACUUCUCAGAUCCAUAACUAUCCAGGAGUUGUCAGAAUUGUCCGAGGAGGUCCCUGAACGAACGGCCUGCUCAACAAAACUCGAGACUCUGUUUUUAGUCUCGCUCUGCUCUUCAGACAUUGAGACAUGCCAGCUUGUGACCUCAUGCAUUGCGCAGUUCCUUGAGGAGUGCCGUAUUAUAGAUACCGCAUCCAAGAGUGCAAAGUCAUCCUCGACUCUCCUAAGAAAUGGAGAUGUCUUCCGUGAAAUUGGGUCGAAAGAGUUUCGCUUCACAGGGCUGGUUGCCUUUCAAAGACGAGUGAACGGCCUCUUGAAGAAAAUGCAGUACCCAAGUAGCGGCAUCAUCAAUGCAUGGGAAAUUGCUUUCGAUAAAUGGCUUCAUCUUUCCAAAGAAGUUUCAACGACGCAGGCAGAUGCACUUCCCGAAAAAACACUUGUUGAAUGGCGAAACUACUCUGGGUUUCUUGCAUCCCUCGGUGGCAUCUGCACGCCUGACCAAGCGUCCAUGCUCGAAGAGCCAACUAUCAGCGGCCUACGAUGGAUAAACAGAACGUCCUCCGAAAAUUCAGAUGAAGCUCUAUUGAGUCGAUUUCUGAGACUGGGCAUAAAGCUCUUGGCGACUGUGAACGUUCGGGUCCGUGAGACUAUGCGGGAGGUUUUGUCGUCCGAGAUUUCGCCAACGCUGUACCAAGCUCUGUUCAAAACCCUGGAAUCCGAGCUCGAUAUUCUUUUUACAGGUGUCCUGGAGCAAACAUCAAGGAGUCUAGAAGGCGAGGUUGCUUUUGCAGAGCAGUCUGUGUCACUUCUUCGAGCGUUGAUCGAGCGGCUAGACUCACCGUCGGAUCUCGGCGCCGCUUCGUCUGUUCAUCUCGGGGCACUGACUCUCAACUUCGCCAAGUUCCUGGAUACGACACCGGACUCGCCGAACAAUUUGCGUGUGAAGAUCAAAACCUGUCAGCUAUGCGAGGCCGUGACGAAGAGAAAAGAACAUCUGAACUUGCGCGAUGAUGUACGCAUUCGAAAUCAGCUUCUGGAAAUCAUUUUUGGCUGGAUUGCACGGCCGCAUUCCCCAUCUGGCCAUGUCCACGGCAGCAACGUGGCGAGCCGACAAGAUGAAGCUACUCGUGUCCAAAAAGAUCUUGAUAAGGCCUGUCUGAAAUGCCUAGCAGAGCUGACCUACCGUCUUCCCCUGCAGCCGGCUGAUGGCCAGUCUGAUGCGGGAACCAGCGAGCUAAAGUCCCACAUGUUUCACACUUACUUCAACCGUUUUCUUUCUCUACUCAACCUUGAGCAAACCGAGCUUGCCAGAGCGGACUACAUUGCCAGUUCUCCUCGGGAAGAGAUUUCAGCAUCUGAACUGGCAAUCACAAUUUUGUCCAACUUGCUCAGUGCUAACUUGGACGUUGGUUUGAAACGCUCUCUCAGCAUCGGCUACCACGAAAAUGUCGAGAUACGUACGGCGUUUGUCCGGGUGCUAUGUAACAUCCUCAUGCAAGGCACUGAGUUUAGCAACCUAUCAGACACGGCUGUCGGCGACAAGUACGACGAGCUGAUUGACAUCCUUACAAACGAUACUGCGCUGGCGACGUCCAUGGCAGCCGUGUGCCCCAGCUCAGAAGUUGACGAACUGACGAUUUCACUUUUAAAUGUUUUUGAGAGUCGCGGGAUGGGAUUCGACCUCCUCGAGGCAGUGAUAAAGCUCGAGGUUGAAGAAACUGAGAGCGAGUCCGAGCUUCUUCGGCGGACUUGCGUUGCGACAAAAAUGCUGUCUGUUUACGCGAAGUGGAAAGGCUCCGCCUACCUCAAAGCAACCCUCCAGAAAGUUGUUGAGCGAUUGAUGAUGACGGCGAAAGACCUUGAUUUCGAGCUGGAUCCCACUCGGGUGAAAUCGCAGGAUGAGCUGACAAAGAACGCCGUCCAGCUCCAGAUUGUGGCAAAGGUUUUCAUCGAUGAUAUCAGUGCUUCGUCGUCGAAGAUCCCCUGGGCAUUCCGCAAAAUAUGCAACAUUAUCUCAUCGGCAGUCACGACACGAUUUCCGGAAGCAAAAUACACAGCAGUUGGUGCUUUCAUUUUCCUUCGCUUUUUCUGCCCGGCAAUCGUCGCCCCAGAAGUAGAAGGCCUCGUGACGACAACUCCGUCGAAAGAAAUGCGGAGAGGAUUGCUGCUCAUUGCCAAGAUUAUUCAAAACCUUGCAAACAACGUUCUAUUUGGUGCAAAGGAACCUUACAUGUUCCCCCUCAACGAAUUUUUAUCGUACAAUAUCUACGAUGUAACGACGUUCCUUCGCAAAAUCUCAGUUGCACCUGACGAAGUCGAGGGAUCUCCAAUAGGUGACGCCACUGACUUUGGAGCAUCUGUCUCUAUCCAUCGAUUUCUUUAUGAUCAUUGGGAUCAUGUCAAACAAAGGCUAGCAUCACAGGAACGACGAGACCACGUGCGGUCACCUGGAGAAGGUCCGCGCGCUCGCUCUCCCGUUCUAGAGCCGCUGCGAAAUCUGAUCACGAAUCUCGGACCCCCACCGCUUGCUGUCACCUGGAACCGGCCACAGAUCACCCUUAAUAACCCACCUGCCUACUCACAGUUUCAGAACUUCAUGCUGCGCAACGCCUUCAGAAGCAGCGAGUCAUUUGUCACAUCGCGGGCAGUGUACGAUGGCGGCGAAAGCAAGGACGGUCUUUCAAUCAUCUGCAUCAUCUUGCGUAACAUCGACGUGGAUUCCAUCGACUAUGAUACAUUAGUAUUUUGUUAUCUCAAGAUCGCCAGCCGUCUUUGGCAUAAGCCGUUUGGUCUCCUCAUCGAUGCAACGUGCUACAGCGGUCAAAGCGAGCCACCGGAUGAGCUAUUUCAGAAACUUGAGGCCCUUACGCCCACAGAGCUCUCUCGCCAGCUGUCCCGUGUGUAUAUUUACAACAUGAACAGCACAUUCCGAAAAUGUUUCCGACGUAUUCUCCGGGCGGCUGCAAAAAAUGAGUGUAGCGUGUUCCAUCCUGACAACGUCGAGUACCACCUUGUCAGCAAUAUGCAGGACUUGCAAGGGCAUUUCCAUCUAAGCCAAGUCAAUAUUCCAAAAGAGACUCUUAGUGUUGUCGGAGACACUAGGUAUGUCUUUCAACAAAUCACCCGUCUCUCGCGGUCCAGAGGGAAAAUCGACGUGUCCAUCAAGGUCGGCAGUCAGUUUGUUCAAAUCACGACAACCAAGAAGCAGGAGAUCCAUCAGGGAUUUGGCUUAAAUGCCAUCUUCAAUGACAUUUUUCGAUUAGGAGACAUCGACCAGGCCCCAAUGUCCAUUCAAACAGAUGACGACUCAGCGUUCGGGCUUCGUGCUGAAAAUGGUAAGAUUGUAAUGUACUUCACCAGUCCCGGAAAGCAAGAUAUCCUCCAGGCCAUAAGGGGCGCCAAGGUGAAAUACAGCAAGGACGCGCGGACGCUCAAGUCGUUUGAAAGACAUGUUCGCCCACAAGACGUACCUGGCACACUGCUCAACCUGUCACUGGCGAAUCUUGGGAGUGCAGACCAUGCACUUAGGCUCUCAUCCUAUAACCUUCUUGGUGCACUAUGCCGGGCAUUCAAGUUCUCGACUGCUGCUGGCCUUCUAUGCAUUAAAGAAAUAUCCGUGCCUUUGGAUCCAUCACAGUUCAUAAUCAACAUUAGCAAAAAGCUUGCAGAAGCAGAACCUCAACUUACAACGGACUUUUUGAACGAGUUUUUUGUUGGCUGGUACAGCUUCUCAGAUGAGCAGAAACCCCUCAGUCUAGCGUACAUGGCGCCCUGGUUGCCGGGUCUUCGAUCUUUUCUUUUGGCAGGCGACGCAGAGAGCGACAAGGCCAAAGAUAAGAUAUCCGCGAUAUUCAGAAAGCUGAUUGAAGUCGCCGUGUCUGAUCCGUCACUGAACUAUAUUCUAGAGCAGACGGUAUGGCCUGCCAUUUACCAAGACGAAACGCUGUUGGACCUAUUUAUAGAGGAAGUUGUCAAAACCGGACUAUCCAUUGGCAUCCACGACGACCAGGCAGAGAUUAUAACAUCUAUCGUGACGGGUAUUGGCACAAUUACAAUACGCGGCAAAAUAAUUUCUCGCCUCCGAAAAGCACUCAAUCGAUCCUCGCUGCGCCCUACAAAGUACCUGCCCGACAAUGCCGUCUGGGCAGAAAUAUGCGUUCUUUUGCAGUUUUGUGUGUCACUAUCGUUCGAUAGCGGGAUUCAGUCACAGCUCUACCUUCCAGAGAUCUUCCAUAUAGUCACGAUGCUUGCCAACAUUGGAACGCCUGAUGUCCGCUUCCUAGUUCACCGUCUUCUAGCCAAUUCUCUCCAUGCAGUCUGUACAUCCUUCAGUCUCGACGAAGCCCGGCUCAGCAAGCUUCGUGGUGCCCUCGAGUCGCUGUCUGAAGGGAAGAGCGAUCUCUUUUCCAACUUUGCGCCUACAUCAUUUGGCCGGGAUGGCGCUUCGAUAUCGACCAACCAGGAAGUCGGACCGUCACUUGCUGCAACAGAAUCCCUCGCAGCACUUUUGUUCGAGCUGUGCUCGGUGGCUGCGCCAUCAGUCGACAUUGCAAAUGCGUGGCGUGCUCGUUGGAUGAGCUUAGUGGCAAGUACGGCGUUUCAAAACAAUCCGGCCAUCCAGCCUCGUGCAUUUACGGUGAUGGGAUGUCUUGCCAGAGAGGAGGUUGAUGAUGAUCUCCUGUACCAAGUCCUUGUUGCCCUCCGUACAAGCAUAGGCCGCUUUAGUGACGACAACAACAGCGACAUGAUGGUUGCCAUAGUGACUUCCUUGUCGAAAAUGAUGGCCAAACUGCCGUCGGCUUCACGCUAUGGCUACCAGCUUUUCUGGCUGGCCAUGUCCUUGCUGCGGCUAGUUCCUCCGGGUCUCUUCAAUUGCACGGCCCAGUUUCUCGAGUCGGUUUUGACCAACAUCAGCUCGUCGGGUGAGAUUCGGGGCGAGCGCAUGAUACCGUUCUUGCUACAGGGACGGGCACCUCUCGAAGAUGCAGCACUGGCACUAGACGAGGCAUACGGCGUCCAUUUCAAUAGCGAGAACUUUCAUUUUGCUGCGUGCGCAUGUCUUGUCCGGGGCUUAACCGACACGAUGACAAAGUCAACAGCCCUUCGCGUGCUGUCUACACUCCUUGAGCUGACCAGCUGGACACCAACCGAGAAGGAAACGAAGGUGGCGGACAUGAGCGGAUCGCCAUAUUUGGCGCUCAUCCUAGCGCGCGUCGGGAGUGUGGAAGAGUUUAAGGAUAGCCUCUGGCAUGUGGGAAUCAGCCCCAUGUCUCUGCCAAGCCUGGCACAUGUGCAUGCGAUCCAGAAUGUGUCUGCCAUGAAGGAGAAAGACCUGUUGUUGAACACAGCGAUGGAGCUUGUCGACUUCCAAUAUCUUGAGGAUGCCUUGCAGAAUCGGACUCUUUUGUGGCUAAACGACCUGGCGCGAGAGAAGCCCAACGUCAUCUUGCAUCUAUGUGCACCGAUCGCCUCUAUCUUAGACGAGGUGCUUCUACACUGCCAAAACUCGUCCACGCUUGAAGCAGCCCAUGAGUUGCUGCAGACGCUCAGUUCUAAUUCCAAAUUUGCACAAGUCCUCGACUCCACUGACAUGCUCAAAGCGAGUCUGGAUGAUAUGGGUUUUGGGGGUCUGUGGAGAUCUUGCACAUUCAGCAACUCUCACGAGCAAGACGGGCACUGUUUCGGGUUGACAGAAAGACUUAUCGAGGUGAGUAAAGAAGCUAUUUCAAGGCGAUACAUAAAAUACCUCGAAAAUGGAAAACUGGACAAAAUGAGUAGCGAGGCCAACACUCGUCUUCAUUUCUAG